ACCCGCCAUCUCCAGAACUCAGGAAGCCUGAUGGAAAUCAAGCAGGACGUGAACAAGCACCUAGGUUGGAGCAAGCAGGACGCAGAUCCCAUUGAAAACAUGGACCAGGCUGAUGAAAGACCCACAGCCAACGACUUCAGCAGCAUCCACGCCAAAGAUCUCCUGCCGGCAGCGAACGGUGAGGAGCUGACCAAACACUUCCUGAAUGAGCUGCUAAACAUCUUCCUGGCAUACAUCAACAAGUCUCUGAACCGCAGCUCCAAAGUGCUGGACUUCCACCAUCCACACCAGCUGAAGGAAGGCCUCGAGGGUUUCAGCCUGGAACUACCUGAGAAACCUGACAACCUCGAGCAGCUGCUGAUGGACUGCAGGAACACGCUAAAAUACGGCGUCAAAACAGGUCACCCACGCUUCUUUAACCAGCUUUCAACCGGACUGGAUAUAAUCGGCCUGGCAGGGGAAUGGCUCACGUCCACUGCAAACACCAACAUUUUCACGUACGAGGUCGGUCCUGUGUUUAUUCUCAUGGAAGAAGUCAUUCUGAAGAAGAUGCAGUCCUUCAUCGGUUGGGCUGAUGAGGAAGGAGAUGGCAUCUUCUGCCCAGGUGGUACAUUGUCAAAUCUCUACAGUGUGUUGGUAGCCAGGUUUCACUACUUCCCCAAAGUGAAGACAGAAGGAAUGUAUGCUCUACCUCGACUUGCCCUUUUCACCUCCGUACACAGCCAUUAUUCCAUCAAGAAAUCGGCGGUGGUGCUCGGGAUCGGCUCUGAAAACGUCUUCGCCGUCAAGUGCGACGAAAGGGGCAAAAUGAUUCCAGCAGAACUGGAAUCCAGCAUCUCUGCAGCAAAAGCCAAGGGUCUGGUUCCAUUUUUUGUGAAUGCCACGGCCGGAACCACCGUCUACGGCGCCUUCGAUCCUCUCGUCGACAUCGCAGACAUCUGUGAGAGAUGCGACCUGUGGAUGCAUGUGGACGCAGCGUGGGGUGGAGGAUUACUCCUGUCCAAAAGACACCGGAUAAAAAUGCGGGGCAUUGAGAGGGCUCAGUCGGUCACCUGGAACCCUCACAAGAUGAUGGGCGUCCCGUUGCAAUGCUCAGCCAUUCUAGUCCGGAAGAAGGGUCUGUUAGAGGAGUGCAAUAAGCAGUGCGCCGAGUACCUCUUCCAAACCGACAAGCAAUACGACAUGACGUACGACACCGGAGACAAGAGCAUCCAGUGCGGACGACACGUGGACGUCUUCAAGCUCUGGCUCAUGUGGAAGGCCAAGGGCUCAGAAGGUUUUGAAGCCCAGGUGAACCACUGCCUGGAGAACGCCGAGUACCUCUACUACAAACUGAAGAGCAGAAACGACUAUCAGCUGGUCUUCCAAAACAAACCCGAACACAGUAACGUCUGCUUCUGGUACCUGCCGAGUCGAGUGAGGAACAUGCCAACAGGUCCGGACAGAGACCGAGAACUUCACGCGGUCGCCCCCAAAAUCAAAGCCAAGAUGAUGGAGAAAGGCGCCACCAUGAUCGGCUACCAGCCUCUGGGAGACAAGCCCAACUUCUUCCGCUGCGUCUUCUCCAACCCGGCCACGCAGAAGGAGGACGUGGACUUCCUGCUGGAGGAGAUCGAGCGCCUGGGUGCCGAGUUAUAGGACGCGUGAGGAGUUACACUUCAAAGAGCACUUUGUACGGACUGCAUUAGGAACGGGGUUUAAUUUAGGGUAGAUUAGUUUCCCACGUGGUCUCGCCUGGCGCUGACGCGGAACAGGAUCGGAUCACGUGAUC